CAUGCCUGCUCUCUAUAUAUCCCUCCAUCCAUACGUCCGUACCCGCAUUGCAUACGGCCAUUCGGUCUUUCGUCAAUUGAUUUCAACACAGGUCUGUCUUUAAACCAAGAGGCAAUCCCUGAGACACAUCAAGAUGCCCAGGGAAGACAGAUCAACAUGGAAGGCAAACUACUUCCUCAAACUUGUGCAACUAUUUGAUGAAUAUCCAAAGUGUUUCAUUGUUGGAGUAGACAAUGUGGGUUCCAAGCAGAUGCAGCAGAUCCGCGGGUCACUGCGAGGCACUGGAGUGGUACUGAUGGGUAAGAAUACCAUGAUGCGUAAAGCUAUUCGUGGACAUCUAGAGGCCAACCCAGACCUGGAAAGAUUGCUGCCCCAUAUCAAAGGGAAUGUUGGCUUCGUGUUCACCAAGGCCGACUUGACUGAGGUCCGCCAGAUUAUCAUAGACAACAAGGUUGCUGCACCUGCCAAGGCUGGCGCUCUUGCUCCUGUUGAUGUGUUCAUUGAUGCACACAACACAGGCCUUGGUCCAGAGAAAACAUCUUUCUUCCAGGCUUUGUCCAUCCAGACCAAGAUCUCCAGAGGAACCAUUGAAAUCUUGUCCAAGGUUCACUUGAUCAAGAAGGAUGAGAAAGUUGGAGCCUCUGAAGCAACUCUACUCAACAUGUUGAAGGUGUCUCCAUUCUCCUAUGGGCUGAAGAUCUUACAAGUGUGCGAGGGUGGCACCGUGUUCCAUCCUAGUAUCUUGGAUAUUACUGAUGAAGACAUGCUCAAUAAGUUUGCUGAGGGUGUACGUCGAGUAGCCAGUGUGUGUCUACAGAUUGGAUAUCCAACCCAAGCUAGUGUACCACACUCUCUCAUCAAUGGCUUUAAGAGACUACUUGCUAUUGCUUGUGCAACUGACAUUGAGUUCAAGGAAGCUGAGCAGAUCAAGGCGUUUUUGGCGGAUCCAUCUGCAUUUGCAUCUUUAGCACCAGCUGCAUCUGCUACAGAGGCAACGGAGGAAAAGAAAGAGAAGGAAGCUGAACCUGAAGAGGAGGAAUCUGAUGAUGAUAUGGGAUUUGGGCUCUUUGAUUAGUCACUUACUCCAUUCAUUGUUACAUCAAGCAUUGGUAUCAAUAGGAUCAUCAUCAACUAUCCAAACAACAAUAAUCUACGAGCAGAGUCUACUUUAACAUAAAACCCCAAACCCAUUUGUAUGUGUCGUACUGUCGUGCUUUGGUGUGACAUCUUGCUUUUAGAAGGAUACUUGGCUGAAGAACAACGUGAAAAGGAUACAGCCAAGUUUGCUAAUUCAGAUUUUAAAGAAAUAGUGCAUACAAUUUUUGUUGAUGUAUCACACGCAUGACAUAUGAAAAUGGGAUCAUAAUAUUGAAUGUAUGUUUUUGCUAACAUACUGAGUACACAUUUUGGGCUGAACUAUUGAACCAUGUCUCUCUGAUUGUAACCCAUCCACUGUGUAAUAAAACAUGCCUGAAUGAAAGACAGCAA